AUGGAGGAACUAAAGAAGGCAGGCAAGGUGAAGUCAAUCGGCGUCAGCAAUUACCUGCGCCACCAUGUCGAAGCGACACUCGAAGGAGCUUCUGACCCGCCGGCUUUCAAGUAUCACCCAUACUUCAGCGCGCAAACGAUCGGAUCGUUCAAGGGACUGGCGCCCGCAUUCUGCUGUCCUAACGGGCCCUUGCGAGAGCCUUUGGCCCGUGUAGCAAAGGCACAUGACACGACUGAGGUCGUUGUACUUCUCGCCUGGGUGAUGCAGAAUAAUAUUGUUGCCGUCACCACCACUUCCAAACCACAGAGGCUAGACGAAUAUGCUCGGGUUUUGAAAGUCAAGCUGACGCCAGACGAGAUGCAGGAGACCUCCCGACGUAGGCGCCACUUAUCACUUCCGCACGCCUUGGCCGGAACAUUUUGA